AUGUUAUCACAUGAUACACUUCAUUCAAAACAAGUUAUUAAAAUACAAGGUUUAAUAAAACAUUAUGAUUCAUUAUUAGCAAGUGGACAUGAACCUGAAACACAUACUUUGACAGCAUUAGAACCAGUUUUAUAUGAUUUUUUUUCUUUUAUUGUUGAUAGUGUUCGAAAUGAAGAUGAUAAAUGGAACCGUCUUUCACGACAAAGUGUCGAUGUACUUCUUGUUCAUUUACAAUCUCAGAAUCAAUCACUUUUGGAUAUUUAUUCCACACAAUUAACACUAUUUGAUGUUGCUUUUCGAGCGUUAAAUGUCAAUUGUCAAUCUAUAAAUUGGUAG